UCCAACUGACAGUUGGUUAUUUCGGCCUUGUAAAAACUGGUUAAUAAAACUGUUAUAAAACGUAACCACAGCUUCAGGUAGUGAUAUAGUAUUGAUCAGUUUGUUACUUUAAUAAUGUUCUAAGGUUCAAAAUUAACCGGCAAAUAUAAGAUUCGGGAGGGAUACCACCUGGCUAAGCUAAUUAGCAGUUGUGGGUGAGCUACAAUCUUCUCAGCAACUCUUGUUAUACCAAAGAAGCUAACUGAGGGUUUGACCAGCUGAUGGUUGGAGUGACCUGAAGAUCCAACGGUGGAGGAAGAGUGUGAAAUCACCUGUUUACGCUGGAUCAGAGGAGAUCUCAGUCGGAACCAGAGAGGAGAGGCGGUCUGUCGGCAUCUUUGCAGCCUCCCCGCCGCUUCACCAUGGAUCUGCGGACUAUAAGGGUGUUUGGGAUUACCGCUCGGGUCGCCCUGCUGCUGUGCGGGGUGAGCGGGACAACAGCACACGAGGUGUGUGACAGCGCGCUGGUUUCCAAUCUGCCGCCGUCAUCCUUCAGGAGCUCCUCCCAGUUGUCCAGCAGCCAUGCACCGGGUUUCGCCAAGCUCAACCGGAGAGACGGCGCUGGAGGCUGGUCUCCUCUUAGUUCGGACAGGUAUCAGUGGCUGGAGGUCGACUUGGGUGAGCGAACCAAGAUCACAGCUGUCGCCACACAGGGUCGCUACGGCAGCUCUGAUUGGCUGACGUCUUACCAACUGAUGUUCAGCGACACGGGACACAACUGGAAGCAGUACAGACAGGAGGACAGCAUAGGGUCUUUUCCAGGUAACUCUAAUGCAGACAGCGUGGUCCAGUACAAGCUGCAGCAGCCUGCAGUCGCUCGCUUCCUGCGCCUCAUUCCUCUGGACUGGAAUCCUGCCGGGCGGAUCGGACUGCGCCUGGAGGCCUACGGAUGUCCUUACACCUCAGAUGUGAUGAGCUUCGACGGCGGCAGCAGCCUGACGUACCGACCGGGUCCGGUGCCGAGUCAGGGGUCGAAACAGGUCAUCUCCCUGAAGUUCAAAACCCUGAGGAACUCUGGGACGCUGCUGCACGCCGAAGGGCGGGAAGGGUCGGGCCUCAGCCUGCAGCUGGAGAGGGGGAAGCUACAGCUGCUGCUCAGAGAAGCCACCUCUUCGUCCUCUGAUCCCCGUCGGCUGACGUUCCUCGGCAGCCUGCUGGACGACCAGCACUGGCACCUCGUCAUCCUGAGACAGAGUAACUCCCAACUCAACCUCACUGUGGACAAACACACACAGACGGUCCAAACCGCUGAAGAGUUCAGCCUCUGGGAUGUCAAACUGCUGAUUGUAGGAGCGUCGCAGAAUCCAGGCGCCGCCAGGAAAAACUUCCAAGGCUGCCUGGAAAACUUGAUGUACAACGGUGUUAACGUAACAGAACUAGCUAAAAACAACGACCAUCAGGUUAGCAUAAAGGGCAACGUGACCUUUUCUUGUGCCGAGCCAGUUCACGUUGCCGCGACGUUCCCGGGACCCCACAGCUUCCUCCGGUUGCCGUGGACGAUGCCGCCCACUUCAUCUGGGAUGUCCGUAGGGUUUCAGUUCAGGACGUGGAACAAGGCUGGGCUUCUGCUCACCUUUGACCUCCCAAGGCAAGGAGGCGAGGUGUGGCUGUACCUGGCAGAGGCGAGACUCUGCCUGCAGAUCCAGAGAGGAGGCAGAGUGCUGCUGGAGCUCAGCGCCGGAUCUGGGUUGAAUGAUGGUCAGUGGCAUUCGGUGGAUCUGACCUCCAGGCCCGGCCGCCUCACUGUGUCUGUGGACAAACAGGAAACUGGCGUCGCUCACGCGUCUCCCACGUUUCCUGUCUUGGUGUCAAACCAGAUCUUCUUUGGAGGUUGUCCUGCUGAAGAUUAUAAUCAGGAAUGUAAAAACCCUCACGACACUUUCCAGGGCUGCAUGCGUCUCCUCGCUUUGGACAACCAGCCAGUCGACCUCAUCAUGGUGCAGCAAAGGCUUCUGGGAAACUACAGCCAACUCCAGAUCGACAUGUGCGGCAUCAUCGACAGGUGCUCUCCCAGUCACUGUGAACAUGGCGGCCUCUGCAGUCAGACCUGGACCGUCUUCCACUGCAACUGCUCCGACAGCGGCUACAGCGGCGCCACCUGCCACAGCUCCGCGUAUGAGCAGUCCUGUGAAGCGUACAAACACAGCGGUAACACGUCGGGAUAUUUUUACAUCGAUGUGGACGGCAGCGGACCCAUCAAACCACAGCUGGUCUACUGCAACAUGACAGAUGAGAACACCUGGAUGGUGGUCCAGCACAAUAACACAGAGCUCACCAAAGUUCGAUCCUCUCCGGGGGAAAACCAGCAUUUGGUUCACUUUGACUACAUGUCUGAAGAGGAGCAACUAGUUGCCAUCAUCCACCAAUCAGAGCAUUGCCAACAGGAACUGUCCUAUCAGUGCAGGAAGUCUCGCCUACUCAACACUCAAGAGGGGUCUCCGUUCAGCUGGUGGCUCGGCGGGCCCGGUACCGGACUGGUCCAGACCUACUGGGGAGGAGCUCAUCCGGGCAGCCAGCAGUGUGCCUGCGGCCUGCAGGGCGACUGCGUGGAUCCACAGCUUUACUGCAACUGUGACGCCGACCGGAUGGAGUGGAGCGAAGAUUCGGGUUUUAUUUCCCAUAAGGAGAGCCUGCCGGUCCGAUCGCUGGUGCUCGGUGACGUUCAGAGGCCCGGUUCAGAAGCUGCUUACAGGGUGGGAUCGCUCCAGUGUCAUGGCGACAAAAACUUCUGGAAUGCGGCAUUUUUCGACCAGGAGACGUCGUACCUCCACUUCCCCACCUUCCAUGGAGAGCUGAGCGCAGACGUCUCCUUCUUCUUUAAGACCACUGCUUCCUUCGGGGUGUUCCUGGAAAACCUGGGCAUCAAAGACUUCAUCCGCAUCGAGCUGAGCUCCUCCACUCAGGUUGUUUUCUCCUUCGAUGUUGGAAACGGCCCACUGGAGGUUAGCAUUGAGUCGAGUUACCCGCUCAACGACGACCGGUGGCAUCGCAUCCAAGCCGAGCGGAACGUGAAGGAGGCGUCGCUCCGUCUGGACGACCUUCCGGUCGCCACCCAGGAGGCUCCAGCUGACGGACACAUCCACCUGCAGCUCAACAGCCAGCUCUUUAUAGGAGGCACGGCGUCCAGGCAGAGGGGUUUCAGAGGCUGCAUCCGCGCUCUGCAGCUGAACGGUGUUACUCUGGACCUGGAGGAAAGGGCGAAGAUCACGCCCGGCGUUCGGCCCGGCUGCCCGGGUCACUGCAGCAGCUACGGCUCGCUGUGCCAGAACCAGGGCCGUUGCGUGGAGAGAGCCGCUGGCUUCCACUGCGACUGCACCCUGUCGGCUUACACUGGAGUCUUCUGCCAAACAGAGGUGUCAGCCGACUUUAAAUCUGGAACGUCGAUCAGCUACGCCUUCAAAGAGCCCGACGAGCUGAGCAGAAACAGCAGCGACCUGCCCGCCUCCAUCUACUCUGACCCGCUUCCCAGAGGAGAAAACUUCUCUCUGAGCUUCAGGACGACUCAGACUCCGGCGCUGCUGCUGCACGUCAGCUCCCACUUCAACCAGUAUCUAGCUCUGCUCAUCAACAGGCACGAUGAGCUGGAGCUGAGGUACAAGCUUGACAGCGGCAGAGCUGCAGAGGUGCUGAGGAGCAGCAUGAGGGGGCUGGCCAACGGGCUGCUGCACACCGUUACCAUCAGGAGAUCGGCCGACUCCGUGUCCAUGCAGAUCGACGCUAACGCCAGAGAGGACUUCAACCUGAGCUCCGCUGGAGAACUCGGCAGCCUCAAGUUUCUCGUUCUGGGCCGAGUGCCGGAUUCGGACUCCUUGGAUCCGGACCUGGCCCGGCUCGGCGCGCUCGGCUUCGCCGGCUGUCUUUCUGUGGUUCGGUAUAACUCCGUCAGCCCUCUGAAAGCGGCUCUGCUCCACCCGGACACUAGCCCAGUCAUCGUCCUCGGACCUUUGGUCCGGUCCAACUGCGGCUCGUCGGCUUCAGCCAAUCCCUACUCAGCUGAGAACACACACCACCUGUCAGACCAGUCUGGUUCUGUUGGUUCUGGUCAGCCUCUGGUCAACGCCAUGAAGUCAGACUCGGCAUUAAUCGGAGGUGUCAUAGCGGUCGCCAUCUUUGUGAUCGUUACCGUCUUCGCCAUAACCGCCAGGUUCCUCUACAGGAGAAAAGAGACGUAUCGGAGUCGUGAGGUCAAGGCGGCCAAACAGGAAGAGAGCCAAGAUUUCCACUACAACAACCAGACUGACGGCCGGAAAAACGCCUCUGGUGAAAACUCAAAGGAGUUUUUCAUGUGAGCGGAGGCCGGCUGCUGUUCAUCCAGGAAGCGGCUCCGGACAGAACCGCACCGCCGGACUUCACGCUGCACUACGAGCCAGUUACUCCCUUCCAUGGAUGCAGAAAUGGACUCGGAAAAACAUGGAACAGCACACAGUUUUGACCUUUACUGUAUAUUGUGUAAAUAUGGAGCAGAGGUGUUCAAAUCCUUGUUUAAGCAACUGUGAAUAUUAAAAAUGUAAAUGUGAACAUUGGUGAAAGGUGGUUUUAAGAAUUGUUUUAACUUUGUGUUUGUAAUGUUUCUGAUGUACGACGGAGCGUUCGGGCCACGCUACGAAAAUAAAUUCAAUUACCAGAAUAAAGUCAUAAAACUGAAAUUAUGAAAAUAAAGUCAUGACAUUCAGACUUUGUUCUUGAAAUAUUAUGACUUCAUUAUUCAAUUAUUUUGACUUUAUUCUCUGAUUAUUUGGUAUUAAAUAAUUUGUUUAUGUCAGUGUAUUUUUUUUAACAUAAAAGUAAUUUUAUGACUUUAAUCUCCAAAAAUGAUUUAAUUUUGUGUUAUUUGUCACACUGUCAAAAAUAUUUUAAUUUAAAAAAGGAACUUUACAACGUUAUUCUCAAAUUAUUUCAACUUUAUCCUUGUAUUAUUUUAUUAUUUCCACUUAUAUAAUUUGUAUAUCUCACAGUGGAAAACAUUUAAAAUAAAAAACAGUAAUUUUAUGUAUUUAUUCUCGUAAAUUAUAACUUUCUAUACUUUGACUUAUUUAAAACUCAAUGGAAGAAUAAAAAUAAUUUUGACAUUCUCAAAAUAUUUCAACUUUAUUCUCGAAUCAUGAUGAUUUUAUCCUUUUAAUUUCACUUUUAAAUUUAAUCUUAGUGUGGCCUUUAUACUCCGUCGUACUUGUGGCAUUUUUUCUGUUGGAAAAGAAUGAAUGUUUGCGUACGUAAAGGGAUUUUUUUUUUACCUUUAAUCGGGUUCUUGAGGAUUUUGUCUGAGCUGCUGUUUGCUCAAAUGCAAACAUUUUUAUCGUGUGUGCUGCUUUGUGGAAUAACAAUGUCAACUCUUCAACUGUUUUGAACCCUUUUUGAAUAUCUUAAGAGAACAUUUGGGGUUGUGUUGAGUAGUAGUCACUAUUUUACCUGCAGUAGCCAGCGGUCAGCGUGCAAGAACACAAAAUCUUACCAAGUAUUUAUUUUUUUUAUCUAGUUUCUAGUGCGAAUAUGUCAGUACGAUUAAAAUAAGACAGAACUAACAAGUAACUUUUUAGCAAGAUAAUGCAGAUUGUUUUAAGUAAAUAAUUUAUUAAUAUUGAUUAUUGCACUUACAACAUGGAAAAAAUAUGUUGCUAAACAGAAUUUAGCAAAACCAUUAAAUUGAACAUCAAGACCUGUUGAGUUAACCUGAGAGUAGCUGUUAGCUUGAAUCGAUGUAGCUCUUAGCUUCCCUCUGAAUAGCUAUUAGCUUGAAUCGAUGUAGCUCUUAGCUUCCCUCUGAGUAGCUGUUAGCUUGAAUCGAUGUAGCUCUUAGCUUCCCUCUGAGUAGCUGUUAGCUUGAAUCGAUGUAGCUCUUAGCUUCCCUCUGAGUAGCUAUUAGCUUGAAUCGAUGUAGCUCUUAGCUUCCCUCUGAGUAGCUGUUAGCUUGAAUCGAUGUAGCUCUUAGCUUCCCUCUGAGUAGCUGUUAGCUUGAAUCGAUGUAGCUCUUAGCUUCCCUCUGAGUAGCUGUUAGCUUGAAUCGAUGUAGCUCUUAGCUUCCCUCUGAGUAGCUAUUAGCUUGGUUCCAAAUAGCUGCUAACGUUACUACCACACGAGAAUUUAACAUUGUGGCAGCUGACUGCAGGUAGGAUACUUACUGCUCAUUACUAACUCAGCAACCCCACUUCAACUAUCAAACUAUAUCUUUAAGAUUUAAAGUACUGCUUGAAUCACCUAUCCUAAAAAAAAAAGAACAUGUUUCUUUAGGCAACAUUUCAAAAUGCUGAAAUAUUUCCCUUUCUUUUUAUCAGGCCAAAGGAGGAUUUUAAAAAUGCACAAAAAAAUUAAUGUUUAUUAUCAAAACUGUACAUUAAUUUAAUAAAAGUCUCAUCAUGAGGUUACUAGGAGAUCAGUGGGAGUCUGGUGACUCUUUUUUUAUCCAUCAUUUGUUUUUGGUUUGUUUGUUUUUUUUGCAGAUCACAAUUUCACUAAUUAUUUUCCAAAUGAUAUCCAAGAAAGAAAACAUUUAAAACACUAAAUAUCAUUAGCAAGAUGCUAAUGGUAAUUCCUGUUACAGAAAACAAGUAGAAAUGUUGAUUACAUGUUGGAUUUUAGCCAUAAAAUAUUAAAGAAUCCCCAUUUAUUUUUUCACUAAUUUAACAAAAAAUUUAAAUUGUGAUCUGUUAUAUUUCAGGUGCUCAAACGUUUAGUUCACCUUUAACCUGAACUUCCAAUUCAGACUGAAACUUGUAGAUCUGUGAGCCAAUCAUAGUGCAAACCAUGUUUUUAAUGUCAAAGAAACUUGAAAGUAGUAAUUUGGUUGCUACUUGUUGCCAUACGUGUUGUGUUUUCACCUUUCAGAUCUCUAAUGGAUGCACUUCCUCGUUCUUUUCCAGAUAUUAAAAACAGAAAGUAGUGCAUGGAGUUGAGCGUGAACCAGAUGAGCAGGAUCCAAGGUGCAGAAACUCAGGUAGAUAAGAAACAAAAGGGGCAGAUUCAAAGUUUUUAAUGGCUACAGAUAUUUUAAAACGCAAAAUGUCAUUUUUGUGAAAAGGAGCAAAAUCUUUUUACCACGACUACUUGAACCUUUUGGCCUAAAUAUGUUGUAAUUUUAUGUUGUGAUAUAACUAUUUACUAUAUUAGCUGGACCUAACAGCAUUAGCAGGAGCUAACAGCAUUAGCAGGAGAUAACACAAAGUCAAAACAAAUAGGAAGAUAAUAAAUGGAUGUUUUACAGGGACCAUGAAGCAUCUUAUUAUUUUUAACACACCAUUCUAAUAUAUUUGAGGAAAUGUUUCGAUUUUUACUGUAAGCAGCUUGAGUUAAAAACUGAAGCUAGUUGCAGUAAACAACAAUCUCCUUCUUUGUUAGCAUUUCCAAGCAGCACAAACACCAGCUUUUCCUGCAAAAUGUCUUGUCUUCCUCCAUUUGAUCGUUGUCUUCUUCAUUUCCUCUUGCCUUCUAUUUGAAUGCUCUCCGAUUCAAAUUUUAUUACUUUUAUUGGGCAAUAAUUACUGUUCUGGUUGGAUGAAGCUAUGGCUGUAGCACCUAGCAUACGUCAUCUACCCAGAAUGCCUUGCAGCGUAAACAAUAUAAAAUUGUAUUUACAUUUAUAAAAACUAAACAGCCUACUGCAUUGUUACUGUAUUGUUUUUACAUCUGAAAUAAAUGUUUUCAGAUAAAGUUUGUUGCUAUCGCUAAUCGUAGAUCCCUUUAGCAUAGCGUCUUUUUAGAUUAAUAUUGAAAUUUGUUUGAUUAAAGAGAGCAAAUACUUUUCAGAAAACAGCUUAAGCUAGCACUAGCUUAGCAGUGAGACCAUUUUGUUGGGAAACACCUUCUCCGUUAGGUGAUGUAGUGUAUUAUUUCUGGACUGAAUUAGCACUUUCCACGUAAAAAACAAAACUCCUGGGGUUUUUAGUUAUUUCUACCCUGGUGAGUCGUCCUUGUUUGCCAAAACUGCCAUUUUAUGCAGAUGAUAGUGAGAUCUGAAACAUGAAUGAAUCACAUUCAUAUCAAUAAAAGUUGGUUGUUAUUUUUUUACUUUCUUUCCUUGGAAACUUUUUCAAAAUAUCUUUGCUUGAUGUUUUUUAUACAAACAGUAGUGAGAUCAAGAGCAGUGGGCCUGGAGGAGGAAGAGGUCUUUAAAGAAAAAACAUUUUUAAGGAGCUUUCAGCCAGAAAAUCUCCAUAAAAUACCAACACAUUAGAUGGUUCUUCUAACUGAAGUCGGCACAUGAAUUAAACAUUUUCAUGAGUGAUUUUCUUCCAGCGACUUUUUACUGCUGUGCUUUUUUUUUGCUUUUUUUCAGUUAUCAAAAGGCAUCUUCAAAGUCCUUCUCUCUCCAAUCAUGCAAAUGAGCCAAACGCACAUUUGUUUUGAGGGUACUGCGCUCUUCUUUGGAUAUUUGUGAAGAUAUUUCCUUAUAAGUAAGGGUUUGUUUUCCUUUUUUAUUUUUCCUUAGGUUUUUUUUUUUUUUUUUAGCUUUUUAGGAACUCCUUGCACACGAUAUUUGUUCUGUUGUGAUUUUCUUCCCCUCCACGCCUGCAGGGAGCUUCACAUUCAGGCCUGCUAAUGGCUCUGAAGAGCAAAGCUUUUAACACUGACAGCUGACUACAUGCAGAGCUGGUUAAUGUGCUUCUGAACCCCUAAUCUACUUCAGUCUUGACAGGUGGUUUGUUUGCUCUCGUGAUGAAAUGAGACAGGGAGAUAACCUGAAAGGCUUUCAGAAGCAAUCAUGGUACAACAAGAAAAAAAACGUGAUGAAAAAUGAGGAAAUGUGACUUAACUCCACCAGCUGAGAAUCACACUUUAAUAACAAAAGUUGGUAAAUCCACAAAGUGAAUAAUUAUUGUCUCAGUUUUUACCACUGCAGAUUUGGUAUGAUUUGUUUUUUUGUUUUUUUUUUCAGAGUUUGAUCUUUAAAGAAGAUAAUAUUUUACUCUCUUUGUCAGUUCCACCAAAGAUUUAUCACAUAUGAGUCAAACUGAAGGUUUGAGGGCCAAAUCUGGCCCGCCAUAACCUUUAAUGUGUCCCUGUAGACUCAUAAGAUAACAGUUGUUCUUAAUCAUUAUCUUAUUAAACAAAAGCAGAUUUUAUCUGUUUACUUUCAAAUUUCAUCAGUCACUCGUGAUGGUAAAAAAAAAAAAAUCUACAAAAUUCAACACUUUUUCACGCUAAUGCAUAAAGGUUAGUUUGUUAAAACUUUUCUGCAAAAAUUGUCAAAAUACAUUGCAACAAAGUGAUGCUAUCCCCACCUACAGGUGGCAGUGUUUCUUCUACUGCCUCAGCCUUACUAGAUGUUAAGUUAAACUCUGUAGCAGUUUCUGUUACAAAUCUCUGCUAAGUUUUGUCAAUGCCCAGCUAAUGUACAUUUCCAUUAUAUAAGAAAUGCAAUUAAAAUCACAAAGAUUAAGUUUGUUCAUGCGGUAAGUCGUUAAUAAACAUGCAAC